GGGUCGACCACACCUCACCGCCGCGUACCUCGCUCCAGUCCAGUCCUACCUGGACGGCCUGCCAACACAACCAAGAGGGCAUUUCUCACCAUCGUCCCAUGGCGUCGACGGAGAUGGAGAUGGGCGUCGUAGGCGGCGGCGUCAAUAGCAGUGGAGGAGGCAGCUGCGGCGGGCUGGUGGUGACGGAGCUGAGCCACAUCAAGGAGCUGGUGAGGCAGCUGGAGGUGCACCUCGGCGGGUCCCCGGACCUGUGCAAGCACCUGGCCUCGCAGAUCUUCUCCCUCACCGAGCGCUCCAUCGGCCUCAUCACAUCCUCCAACCUCGACGGUGCCCGGCGGCAGAAGCGGCCCGCGGGCGACGCCGGCCUCGCCUCGCCGCUCUCGGCGACGCCCACCAGCGACGUCACCGACGGGCCUUUCCAGAGCACCAAGAAGAAGAGGAAGGUGAUGGAACAGCGGAGGCAGAGGGUGAGCUCUGCCGGCGGCGAGAACCCGGUCGAGGACGGCCAUAGCUGGAGGAAGUACGGCCAGAAGGAGAUCCUCGGAGCCAAGCACCCAAGGGGCUACUACCGCUGCACGCACCGCCACUCGCAGGGGUGCCCGGCGACGAAGCAGGUGCAGCGCACCGACGAGGACCCGACGGUGUACGACGUGAUCUACCACGGCGGGCACACCUGCGUCCACAGGGCGGCGGCGGGCCAGGCCCAGGCCACGGCGCCGCCGGAGCACAGACCGGACGCGCACGGCCACCUGCGGAGCCUGGGCGCCGGCCUCACCGUGAAGACGGAAACGGAGGAGGGCCUGCCCGCGGCCGCGCCCUUGUGCCUCUCCGCCUCCACGCCGCCGGUGAGCGGCGGCGGGUGCCCGUGCCCGUGCCUGGCGCCGUCCACGCCGGAGAACUGGGGCGUGUCGCCCGCGAGCUCCAACUCCAACCACGCCGCCUCCUACCUGCCGUUCGAGGACGCCGAGUGGCGGGGGCACGCCGGGCUCCAGGAAGUGGUGUCCGCCAGCGCGCCGCCUCCGCCCGCCGUGGACAGCCUCGACGACCUCCUCCUCCUCGUCGACAUAGACGACAUCGCCAGCUUGUUCGACUGAUCCGCACACCGUACGUAGCUGAUGAACGGUAGGGAAUCGAAGAAGGCACGAGUACGACGAGUAUAAUGUGACCGAGCCCUCUGGCUCCGGGGUCCGGUCGGGCGUUCGUUCGUGCCUGGAACGGAACGGAACGGAGGAGGGAAGAGCGCUAGAGCUCUGCUUUCCUGGGUCCAUGCAGAUGGUGAUACCGUAGGAGAUGAUGAUGAAAAAGAGUAGUGGUUUUAUUUUACGUUUUUUGGGCUACUCCUCGCUUUUUUUGUUAACCUUUUUCCUCCUCUUCUGAGGCCUGAGGGUGCUGUGUUUGUGUUGUAUUGUAUUGUAUUAUUG